AUGUGUGCAACGAUGUCGUUAAUGGUGAAAUCGGUCUUAGCAUCAAUGGCUUACGCCGUCUUUUCACCGCUUCAUUCGUUGAAGCCCUCAACAGUUUUAACGAGAAACAGUCGUCGAGCCCUGCCGCUCUGUUGCUCUGGCUCGAGCACCCCCGCCUCCAUGUCUACGCCUCCGCCGCCAAUUUCGACGGCUAGCACAGGUACGGCGCCGCCGGUUGUAAGGAGGAGGAUGAGGUACAGGAAGCAGUACCCGGGAGAAAGCAAAGGCAUCACUGAGGAGAUGAGGUUCGUCGCUAUGAGGCUCCAGAACAAUAGUUCAGAAUCAGAUGUUGAUGGUGAUGGGGGUGAGGCGGAGACUUGGCGGCCCAGUGUGGAAGGGUUCCUCAAGUAUUUGGUGGACAGCAAGCUCGUCUUUGACACCGUCGAGCGCAUUGUGGAUGACUCAAACGACGUCGCUUAUGCCUAUUUCAGGAAGACUGGAUUGGAAAGGUCAGAGGGUCUUUCUGAAGAUCUUGAGUGGUUUAAACAACAGGGUAUGGUGAUUCCAGAACCCAGUAGUCCAGGAGUUUCUUAUGCCAAGUAUUUGCAGGAGCUUGCAGACAAUUCUGCUCCAUUGUUCCUCUGCCAUUUCUACAACAUCUACUUUUCACAUAUAGCUGGUGGUCAGGUCAUUGCAAGACAGGUAUCUGAGAAGCUCCUGGAAGGAAGGGAGUUGGGAUUUUACACAUGGGAAGGGGAUGUACAAGAGUUACUGAAAGGUGUUCGUGAGAAGCUCAACAAGCUUGGAGAGCACUGGACUCGAGAUGACAAAAACAAAUGCUUAAGAGAAACAACGAAGUCAUUCCGGUAUUUGGGGCAGAUAGUUCGUUUGAUCAUCUUAGAGCUCAAGUAA